UCGAGAGCAGGGCCUGAACAAGCUGCGAUGCGGUCUUGACGGUCUUGUGGACUCAGCCCCCGCCUAUCUCCGUGUCGGGAAGAGUGUGCCCGCGAGGGGACUAAUGUGAAAGGAGAAUUAGAAUUAAGAAGGGAUGGGCUGCUCAAUGGCCCCCCUGUGUGUGUCGGAAGAAGAGCAGGGAGGCGGCUGAUGCAGCAAGAGCCCCACGAUCACCACGACCCGGCGUGCAGCUCGUCCUGUCCUAAGCUAAGAUAAGUAUGUAUGUAUGUACUGUACAGUGCCGGCGAAAGCCAGGCGUCCACGGGCGUGGCAAGUCGAGCUCGAGACCCAAGAUGGUGACGGUAGCAUUAGCAGCAACAGCAGUGCCGUUCAAGUCGGUAUGUACAAAGUGUAGAUGCCGGCGCCGGGGCGAGAAACUCCAGGAAGAGGCUGCAAGUACCUGCCCGUAACGUAUUUCGUACCUUGGAGAAUUCUUAAACGAAGGACGCAGAGGACGAGCCAAGAACAGGGGUCGUCGUUGGGGGAAAGCACCCCGGCCGGCUCAUGGAAGCUGGCGUGUUCUCCAGGCCCCUGGCUGCAGUCUUUAAGUGUAUGGAGUUAUUUUAUUUUACUUUUCGGUUUGUUAAUUUUAACCGAGCUUUCCUUGAAGAGGCAACAACCAGGUGCCACGAUCGACGGGAACAGGGCCCGGGAGGUGUGGAAGAGGGAAAGUCUUGCUAAUUCUCCCUUGACUUUUCCUCCGGUACAGGAGGUGGGAAAAGAGACUUUCGGUCAUCUCCAGCAAACUUUCGCUUCACUCACGCCGUUGGGUCCCCGCUUCAAUUCCACCAGAGGGGCACCCCCCGGCCGUGGAUGGUGACAAUUAACGUUAAGUUGUUUCGGUACUGGUCAUAGUAUCAGACAAAUAUGACCA